CCUCCCUCCCCCCCCCGCCCUCCCCGCCCCGCGCUCGCCCCGGUCCUCCCCCCGCCCCGGCGCCGUUUCCCCCGCAGCCGGGCGGGGGAGGAGGAUGGAAACACCCUUCUACCAUGAUGAUGUGUUGAGCGGCCUCGGCAGCGGCUUCGCUCCGUCCUCCGGCAGCAACGGGCUCCUCCUGCCUUUCCCCGGCGGCAGCAUGAUGAAGAAGGACGCGCUCGGGAUGGCCUUACCGGAACAGGUGGCGGCGGCGCUGAAAGCCCCCGGCGCGGCCAGCGGCGAGGCGGCGGGGCUGCUGGGCUCGGCCGAGCUGGGGCUGCUCAAGCUGGCGUCCCCGGAGCUGGAGCGGCUCAUCAUCCAGUCCAACGGGCUGGUCACCACCACCCCGACCAGCGGCCAGUUCCUCUACCCCAAAGCGGCCGCCUCCGAGGAGCAGGAGUUCGCCGAGGGUUUCGUCAAGGCGCUGGAGGACUUGCACAAGCAGAACCAGCUGGGCGGCGGCGCGGCGGGGAGCGGCGGCGGCGCGGGCGGCGGCGGCGGGGGAGGAAGCGGCGGCGCGGGCGAGCUGCCCGCCGCCGGGAUGGCCCCGGAACCGCCGGUCUACGCCAACCUCAGCACCUACCCGGCCGUCAGCUACGCCGCCGACCCUAGCCCGUUCGCGGCGCCGCCGCCGCGGCUGCCUCCGCCGCCGCCCCCGCCGCCGCUAAAGGACGAGCCGCAGAUCGUGCCGGAGGUGCCGAGCUUCGGGGAGAGCCCCCCGCUGUCCCCCAUCGACAUGGACACGCAGGAGCGCAUCAAGGCGGAACGGAAGCGGCUGAGGAACCGCAUCGCCGCCUCCAAGUGCCGCAAGAGGAAGCUGGAGCGGAUCUCCCGGCUGGAGGAGAAGGUGAAGAGCCUCAAGAGCCAGAACACGGAGCUCGCCUCCACCGCCAGCCUGCUCCGCGAGCAGGUCGCCCAGCUCAAGCAGAAGGUGCUCAGCCACGUCAACAGCGGCUGCCAGCUCCUGCCCCAGCACCAGCACCAGGUGCCGGCGUACUGACCCCGGGCGGCCCCGAGCCCGGGCACGGACCGAGGGGUCCCGGGCAAGGACCCGGGGGAGCGCCCGCCCUGCCCCGGGCAUGGACGGAGGGGAACGGGGGAAGCGCUCAUCUCGCCCCGGGAAUGGACCGAGGGGUCCCGGGCACGGACCGAGGGGAGCGGAGGAAGCGCCCGCUCUGCCCCGGGCACGGACUGAGGGGUCCCGGGCACGGACCGAGGGGAGCGGGGGAAGCGCCCGCCUUGCCCCGGGCAGGGACCGAGGGGUCCCGAGGAGAGGAAGAAGAGCGACGAUCGCCCCCCCUCCAUCUCCCCGGACACGGACUGAGGGGUCUGAGGGGAGGAGCAGGACCGGCUCCGGACGGUGGGCACCGAGCACGCCCCGCUCCCCGCGGAGGGCGAGGCCGGGGGAGUUCCCCGCCGCGCACGGACUGAGAGGGGCCCGGGCCGCCCCCCCCGGGCCCCUCCGCGCCCCACACAUUCCAGUGAGGUCCCAGUAAAACCCCGCGACACGGAGAA